AUGCAAGGAUAGGUUGAUAGAGGUUAAAUAAACACCUCCGAUUUAAAAAUAUCCAGCACAUCACAACAAGAUCAAAAUGAAGGAAUGAUGAAAGGCAGCAAGUGUCCAGUUUUGAACCAGAUUAGUAUUUUUUGGAAUCACAUUCUUCUUUAAGAAGGAAUUACUUUGAAGAAUUACUUAGGAUUGUUGCUGCAUUACUUUCUUUUAGCAUUUAUAUUUGUUACAGCAGAAUCCCUUCAGCCAAUGUUGAUUUAAUAAGAAUUUAACAUUGAAAAGAAAGAUCAAGGAUCAUAAAAUGCUAAUUUAUUGUUAGCUGAUAUCAUUACUAAGAUAAUAUUUGCUCCUAUUAUGGGAGUAGUUUGUGAUAAAUUUGGAAGGAGAAUUACUUUAUUUUAUGGCAUUUGUAUUGUUACACUAGCUUUAUGCUUGAUGCCUCUCAGCAAUAACAUUUAUCCAACUUAUCUUUUGAUUAGAAUUUUAUAUGCUCACGGAGCUAUUACAAUCUCUAUUAUUCCUUUGCUAGCUGAUUAUGUUACAAAUACAACAAAAGGAAAAGGAGCUGCAGUUAAUGUCAUUUUAGCUAGUCUUGGAGCAGUUGCUUCUGUAGAAAUAAUAAAUAAUGGGUUGUAAAAUUCAAUGAAUGUAAAAGGUAUCUAUUGGCUCAUUUCUUCAUGCUACUUCCUAAUUGGAGCUUUAAUGUGUUAUUUAAUAAAGAGCGGAGUUUACUAUAUAGAUAAAGAAAAAGCAGUUGUUGAAAAAAGAGGUUUUAUUUAAAUGAUUAAAAUAGGUGUUCGCUCUGCUAAAAAUCCAUGGAUAUUAAUUGGAUACGUUACUAAUUUCCUAGCUAGAGGUGAUAGCAUUCUUCUCACAUUGUUUUUAGUCCUUUGGUCUAAUCACUAUAUCGAAGACUAUGAUGAGGCUAAUAUUAAAGCUGCCACUAUGUCUGGUAUAUCCUACACUGUCAUUUUAGUUUUCAGUAUCUUUUAUGGAAUAUUUUUAGAAAAGACUUCUAAAUACUUAACUCAUUUAAUAAUGUUUGUUCUCACAAUGUUAGGAUGCUUUAUGAUGAUUGGAGCGACAAGCGGUCCUAACAACUGGUAUUCAUAUUUGACAAUUUGCAUUUUAGGAUCUGGUAUGAGUGGACUCUAUACUUCUUCUUAAUACUUAAUUAAUAAAUACUCUGAAGCUAACCACAGAGGAUAUAUCACUGGUUUAGCCAGUUUGGUUAGUGUACUAGGUAUUUUUAUUUGUGCUGUUAUCGGUGGGUAUCUUUUCGAUCACUGGACAAUAAUCGCACCAUUCAUUCUGUUCGGAAUAAUGAGCUCUAUUGGCAUUGUCAUUUUAAUUAUUGUAUGGAUCUUUGAAAACAAGAAAUAAUCUGAUGGAUAUAUUGAAAUUAAAGAUUGA